AUGCUUCCAAGUAUUCCUCAAAAGGAACGGUCGGGUGUUCUGACAUCCCUUUGGAACGAAGAUCCCUACAAAAGCAAAUGGACCAUGGCGGCUAAGGUUUAUUCUUACCUUCGAGCAGAGUUGGGAAAGGAUGCCGUGUCAUUGCCUUCAUUUUUGAAGCACGCCAGUUUCAUUCUGGGUAUGCCACCACUGGAUGCAUACCUUCAACAGCGCGGCUUCGCUCUUCUUGAGAACGAAGCUGGCCAUUUAACUCUAAUACGACCUCCAAGACCCUCUGCGGUGACUCCAGAAUCGACAGACACCUCGGAUGACGGAAGCGAUCAACAAUAUGACUCUGUGGACGGGACGCAGGCUACCAUAUUAACGACGAGUGGCGCUACCUUUCAGGACACAAUUCAGACAGACGUGGCAAUGUCAACUGUGGCUCAUUGCCCAACUCCGAACGAAAGCCAGAUGAUUGCCAACGGAACGUCAGAUCCAGAUGGUAUCGCCGGGAAAGAAGACGCUACUAAAUACCUCUUUGCGGAGCACCAGCUUCUUCAAGCGGUCUUUGACAGCGGCUUGGAUGCAGACUUAAGCAACUUACGCAAAGGGGAUAAGAUGAUAGAGAAGAAACAAUGGCUUGUCCAAAAGCUAUACUCAAUGGCACAUGAGAUGCUCGUUGGUGGUGAGCUACCAGUCACUAUUAACGCGACUAGCUUUUCACAGACCAUCAGGCACAACCCAAUUGCAGCCGCCGCGCACCUAUUCUCCCAAAACAAAGAUUUUGAACUCGAUGUUCUUGUUGUUGACGGCGAUGACUGCGUCAAAAAACAUGUCGUCUGCGGAUCAAGACCCGAACCUGCAAAGUCAGCCAUUCUAUCACCAGUAUCUAUACGUCAGGUUGCGACUGCACAAACGUCCGAGACAACAGCGAACACGACACCAACAUAUACACAAAAUAUGGCAUACCAAUCCUCAUCUGACACUGGGAAAUUCCACAUUUUCAGCAGUCAGCCUUCUCAUUUCGGUAAAAAUAUCAUCUCGAGCCACGGACUUCGCAACCGUUCAAAUAUCCAAGGUGUCGGAACUUUCAACGGGAAAGUUUCAAAUACAGGGUUUUCAGCAUCAAAAGCUGAAAAUUCUAGAGGCAUUGUUGGUAAUAGUCGGUCGGUGAAUACCGGAUGUUUAAAGAAAAACAUCUUGGUCAACCAUGUUGAAUUCGAAGAAGGUCGACAAGUUGGCAAUGUUGCAUCCUCUUCUGCCAGCCGCAGGGCCUCUUAUGGACUUCGCAACAUCGACGAGAUCCACGAUCGUUCUUAUAGCAAUGCUUCAGGUGUUGUGUACCAAGAACAUUCCUCGGAUAAUGACACAUCUGUCGCCGCAGAGCACAAUACCAAUAUGGAAACCUGUGACAAUAACAACCACUCUUGUACCGGGACCAGUGCGGAUGCCAACCAAAUCUCCAACCCGAACCCUAAUACCAUCGAAGACGGCAAGGAAUGGCUUGACCGUGAGAUGGAGCGCAUCUACAACACCGAGUCCAACGAUACAUCUUGUCAUCACGGCGGCGUCAGUGGCGAUCAUCUUUCGACCGGUGACCACACCAUGACGGUCCGAAGCGGCCGCCCGGACGAAGUGCACGAUAUCAGCACCACAAACGGGACCACAGUCCAAAACACCAACGACAGUACAAGACUGAAUGCUCUGGCUUUUACCAGCAGCCGAUUUCCCAACAACGGUCGUUUCGAGAUCCCCAACAGCGUCCUGUCGACACAUCUGGACACAAUGGGCAGCGAUAACGAAGCGACUAACUACAUGGACAGAGUGGCACGUCUGUCUGCUUCGUCUGCGAGCGCGUCACUGGCAGAAUCGUCGACAGCAGCCACCGCAGCUGCGCCCGCUUCAUUCCCAUCCUCGUCCUCAUUCUCAGCCUCGCCCUCAACCUCAGGACACAUGCGAAGUUUAUCUGGAAGCUGCCUUGGCAAGCGGCGUCGUGAAAGCACGGAUAUUGGCGACGACAAGCUGGCCGGCGGCGACUGUCCGACGAUGCCUGAAAACGUCGAUCCAGCGGAUUCACACGACGGCGACCCCGAAGAUGGGCCAUCGGAAAAAGCCAAGGGAAAGAGGCCCGAAGGCGCCAUCAGCCCCAGGAAGAAAUCCAGGAGGCGCGAGCCCAUCAAUGGCUACAAGAAGCACAUGAAGACGCCCGAGCCCUUCCCACACAAACGUCCGUCGGUCUCGUUCAAAAAGGGAUACAGCGAGAACCUGGCCAAGACCUUGACGGCUGUCACGCAGGAACUGGAGGAACUGCAGCCUCUGUCGACUGGCAUUGCCGCUGCGUCCACCGCAGUCACUGCGGACACUACAAACAUCGCAGACAAUACAGCCACUACAGACACCGCACAGCCUCAGCCACCCGUCUCAUGCACCCAAGCGCCAUCACCACCUCCAACGCGGCCGCAACCUGCCAUUUCGGUUUCCCAAGCCAUGCCAACCGCGACUGCAAUGCAGCCCCUGCAAUCUACGGAGGUUGUCCCGCCGAUGCAGCAUCCGCCACCCAUGCAGAACCUACUUCCGAUGCUGAGCAUGCCACCAAUGCCACCCAUGCCGGUGGUCUCCGACGAAGAGAUGCGUUCCUACCAGGACAUGCAGGCCAUGAAUGCUAUGCGUACCAUCGAGGACCUCCAGGCCAUGGACACCGAGCAAGCCAUGCAAGGGCUGCCGGGCAUGUCAGGCGUGGCCGACGACAUCCCACUGAUGCCCGCCAUCCCCAUCCCGGACGCCAUGGCACACGCCCUCCAGCCCAUGCCGCCCAUGCCGCACGGUCUGCCCACGCCCACGUACGACUACCACAACACCAUCAGCCAGACCAUCAACCACGACGCCGCGUACACGACGGGCUACGACUCCGUGCCGCCCCCACCGUCGCUGGUGCCGGCGGGCCACGGUGGACUCCACUCGCCCGCGGACGACGACUACAUCGAGGUCGACGACUACUUUGGCAUGGCAGGCCCCAUGGACAUGGACUUUGCCGAUCCGGGGGCGAUGCACCGCUUCAUGAGUUUUUGCGAGGAGCUGGGGACGAGCCAUGGUACGUUUAGACAUGUUCUACGAUUGUUAUAA